AUGGACCAGCAUCAAAGCGAGACGGACACUCUUCGUGCCAUUCACUUGGACCAGAUAUUGCUUUUUGGAGACUCUUUGACACAAUGGAGCUUCAAUCCUGAAAUUGAAGGAUGGGGUGCCUUCCUCUCUAACUCUUACGUGCGGAAGCUGGACGUCGUCAAUAGGGGGUUUUCUGGAUACAAUACUGAAUGGUGCAAGCAUAUCAUUGCACCUAUUCUUCGCACCGUUCUUCCUUCUCCUGGAGCGCAGAUACGUCUGGUAACCGUGUUCCUCGGAGCGAAUGAUGCCACUCUACCAUUCUGGCCACAGCAACAUGUUCCCCUUUCUGCAUACAGAGACAAUCUUCAUUCCAUAAUUGCUUCCAUUCGGAACUUUUCCUCCAAUACGCGGAUCCUGUUGAUCACACCUCCACCUAUACACGAAGGAAAAUGGCAGAAGCAUUGCGGACAGAAGGGCCGUAGCAUUAAUUUGAGCGUAUCGAACACAUUGCAGUAUAGAAAUGCUUGCAUAGAAGUUGCACGCGAAGCCAAAGUUCCAUUAUUGGACACCUGGGAAGUCUAUUUUGGUGAGGGAGCUACAUAUAAUGAGGAAAAGGCGGAUGCGGUGUUGUCGGAUGGAGUUCAUCUCGCAAAUCUUGGGAACCGGCUACUUGGGCAUGCAGUUUUAGCCAAGAUUCUGACGGAAUGGCCGGAUCUAGCACCUGAGACUCUACCAACGGUGAUGCCCUUAUGGGAUGUCUUGUAUGGAAAAGUAUUACCAGACGCUUUAUUCCCCUAA